ACGACGCAGCCAGUGGCUCAGGUAAUAACGGGCGCUGGCGAAAGCAAGGUUUCAGACAAACAGCUUCCUUCAAGUCAAGAUUCUCAGUGGAGAACAGAAACGGCGGACGUGUUGUACUGCAGGCCGCCAAGAGCACCGUACCAGUGGUAGUAGGAACACUGUAACUCUGGCAUUUCACCUGUCUACUUCCUUGUAAGAUGCUGUGACUCGACCAUCUCAUCUAUCUUUGCCUCGAGAAGACGGUGCCGUGUUUGUAAGGACCUAUUCAGGACAGCAGUACUAAACAGGUCACCGACAAACCAUUUAUUAUGACGAACGCCGCAACAGACUUCCACUGGGCAGACUACUUGGUUUUGGCCGCCGUGCUUGCUGUAUCCACAGGCAUUGGGUUUUACACAGCUUGUUGCCUUAAAGGUCAACGGACUACGUCAGAGUAUCUGCAUGGAGGACGACAACUGCAGCUUUUUCCUGUCUCGAUGAGCGUACUAGCCAGUUUCUUGUCUGCCGUGUCUGUGCUGGGCACACCACUAGAAGUCUAUCUGAAUGGGGCGUCCUUCGCUCUCUUCACUCUCUCCUUCUUCAUCUCCGUCCCGCUGACUGCGCAUGUCUUCAUUCCCUUCUUCUACCAGCUGAAGGUCGCGACCGUGUACGAGUACCUGGAGCUUCGCUUUGGCCGACUGAUACGACUUAUGGGUUCAAGCGUCUUUUCUCUUCAGAUGGUAUUUUACAUGGCAAUCGUGCUGUAUGCUCCAGCUUUAGCAUUGAGUCAAGUUAGCAAUCUCUCCACUCACCUUUCCAUUGUGGGUCUUGGCAUAGUCUGCACUGUGUACACUGUCAUGGGUGGCCUUCGAGCGGUAGUUUACACAGACACGUUUCAAGUCUUUAUCAUUCUGUCUGGUGUCCUCAUGCUAAUCAUUAAAGGCAUCAGCGACGUGGGUGGAUUUGAAGAGAUGUGGCGCCGAGCGUCCAAUGGCGGCCGUCUAGAUGACGUCAUCAACUCAGUGUUUGAACCUAGUUUAACUAUCCGCCAUACCUUUUGGAGUCUGACCAUAGGAGGCGCUAUUACUACUCUGAGUGUCUACGGUAUCAACCAAACAAUAGUGCAACGCUACCUGGCGGUCCGCAAGCUGUCUCACGCCCAAAGGGCUGCAUACCUCAACUUGCCUGCAAACGUGUUCAUGACCCUUCUUUUGUGCCUUCUGGGACUUGUGGCCUACGCCUGUUACGUGCAUUGUGACCCAUAUCUAACAGGAAGAAUUAAAGCCUUUGACCAGUUAAUUCUUGUCAUGGUGAUGGAUGUGCUGGGAUCAUAUCCAGGACUCCCGGGAUUAUUCUUAGCCUGCAUAUUUAGCGCAUCUUUAAGCACCGUGUCAUCAGGUGUUAACGCUCUAGCACUAGUCUUCUUGGAGGACUUUGUAAAACCGACGUACACCGCUAUCAGACACACGGCCAUGACUGAUGAACUGUCCAUCGUCAUUUCUAAAACUCUAGCUUUAACCUUUGGACUCGUGACCGUUGCCAUGGCCUACGUGACUGGUACAAUGGACCAAACUCUAGUACAAAUCACCUUCAUGUCUUUUGGUAUGACCGGUGGCCCACUACUUGGACUUUUUCUUCUGGCUAUGUUUUGUCCGUGUGCUAAUGCCUGGGGUGCUGGGGUGGGUCUCCUCUGCAGUCUAUCAUUCAGCUUUUGGAUUGGUAUUGGUGCCAUUGUGGACGGUCCCAGGAGAACUCUGCUACCACUCACAUCUAUUAACUGCUCAAGAAAUGCAACACCAAUCCUGAUGUCUUUUGUAACUUACAACAUCACAACCACAUCUUUGACUACCUUGAAUACAACCUUCACUACGCAGGAGGCGACUUUGCUUUCUGAUAUGACUUCUUCACUGGAUGAAAAUCCUGGGUAUGAUGGUCUGGCACUGUACCAAUUAUCCUAUAUGUGGUACUGCGUAGGAUCCUCUUCCCUGGUCAUCACUAUAGGGUUGAUAAUUAGUCUUUUAACAGGCUGCAGUGUUCACGAAGAAAUACACCCUGAGCUGGUGGUCCCAUUGUGGCAAAACCUGAAAACCUUCAUCAUCAGACAAAAGAAGAACUAUGAUGUGUGGAAAACUCAAAAGAAGGCUGAAGAAGAGAAAGAAGAACAGAAGAAGGAUUACAAAAUAUCUCUUGAAGAUGAAUAAAUACUUACAGCAUGAACAAAAGGAUCUGAAUAAAUAUAACCUCACAAUUUUUGCAUGCAUAAAAAGUAGACUUUGGCAACAUAGCUCACCAUCAUGUGUACACUAGCAUCAGAUAUACCAAAAACAACAAAAGUCAGCAGUAUCACAUACACUAAUAUAUCAAAUAUACCAGAAACAACAAAAGUCACAAGCACUGCAUACACCAACAGACAUUGCAUUAUAUUUAAUGGCAUUGUACUUGAUAGCAGGAAGUAUGUAUUAUAAAGACUUUGAUUUAUGACAUUUUAUGGGCAAAAAAUUUAGCAUAAAAUAUUUUUAAAUUUAGUUAACACAUUGUCAAAAAGAUAUUUUCUAGGAAUAUUACCCAAACCUAUUGAGCAAUAGAUUAUAAAAAAAACCCACUAACCAUAAAGCAUCAUGGUAUCUCUGUAAAGAAACACAGUACUUGUAGACAAAACAACAUAACUGCAUGAGCUACCCAGUUGGAGUUUUAUGCCAUGUCAGCUACUGCGGCUAUCUCAUGGCAAGAGCAAUGAACAGAACCCUUUAAAGGUUGACAUAAAGAUAUUUGAAGAAGAAAGACAUUAUUCUUUUCUUAGUUAUGUACAAUAAGAAGCUUUUUAAGUGAACAGGGUCCGUUAUAUUAGGUAAAACAUUUGGAUAGACUUAAGAUAAGUUAUGAUCGAUGUGGACAAAGACUUUACAAAAAGUUCAUUGAGUAUGGGCUGUGAAAUAGUUUUGCUGAACUGUUGAGAGUUUGGGACAAUUAAGGAGUAAAUGUUUUAUAGUUAAUGUGUCAGACACCAAGGACAGAGUGGAGAGUAUUCUCCUAUGCGUAAAAAAGGAUGAGGGAUAAAUGUGUGGCUUGUUUUUAGCCUAUUUAAGACCACCUCUUCUAGUCGGUUCAAAGAUUGUUGGGUUAUGAAGUCAGAGAGUUUUGGAAAACUUAAGUGGAGUUUGUUUUUUUUCCAUGGAAUCCCAUUGAAGUUGCCAAAGCUGUGAAACAUAUAUUUUUUACAGAGGCAUAUACCAAUCUGAGGCAAAAGUUGUCUGAGCUAUAAGGUGCUGUUGAAGGGCCUUUUUAGCUGCCUCGUCAGCUCGCAUGUUUCCAGGAAUAUUUACAUGGCUAGGGACCCAAACAAAAAUAAUGUCAACAUUUUCUGUCAGUAGCGAAUGGAGAAGUUCAAAAAACUACACUAAUAGUGGGUGAUCUAAACGUUGAGACUGAAUUGCAAGUAAGGAUGAUAAAGAAUUGGAAAUGAUCAAGAAGUUUUUUUAUCACUAGAUGUGCUGAUGUACUGCAAAGAAAGUAGUAGUACUUUUAAAUCAGCAGAAGAUUAGGGCAUGUCCUCCAUGCAAACUGUCAGAGAUGGUAUGGAGAUGUUCUUAGGGAAUGCUGUGGCUGCCACAGUUCCUUUUUCAGAAAUUUUUGAACCAUCAGUGUAUAUAUAUUUGAUGAAAACCUAGUCUGUGAUUAUUUCUCUAAAAUGAUGCAUAUAGACUAUAUCAGGGGUUUCAGAUUUCUUUAAUUUUGAAAGGUAAAAACGAAUUUCUGCUACAGGAAGUAACCAUGAUGGUGUCUUGGUUAGUGUUUUUGAGUCAAUUCCCAAUUUCUGGAGAUGGGGAUAAACGAGUAUGGAUAGAGGUUUUUGUUCAUAUUUGCGUGCUCUACACUUACCUAAAAUUUGUAGAGAGACAUCUGGGUGAAAAGCAAGGUUUUGGGGCAUAGCUCGAAGUUGCGAGACAUAGCACAGAAUUAGUUUUUGUCGUCGUAAGCCUAGUGGUUCACCCGCCUCUACAUAUAUGAGCUACACAGUACAUGCUCACGUAAAAUAUAUUUCUUAGAUGUCAAGUGGUAUACAUAUAGAUUAAGUGGAAUCAUAACGUUUCUAUUGUUUAUUAUGACUUUUGUAGUUACACUGAAACACUCUAUUAAAUAUUUUGAAACGUAUUUUAACACUCAUACACAGAAAUACCUUUCUAGCAAGGCUUUCUCCAAUUUGUAUUCUUUAUGCAAGCUAUAAAAAGAAAACUUUUCUUCUUGGUACCAAACGUCGAGAUAUAUAAAAAGAUCCGAACGAAUUUUAAUGACAUUUUUAAUACAAAUUUAUGUAAUAAUAAAUUUAUAUAAUCAUAAUAGUGAAUUUUAGUGAUUAUUUAAAACUGAUGUGGUGGUUCUAACUUAGCUAACAGUAUAAAAACUAAAAAGAUAAGAUGCCACUAUUACAUGUAUGUGCAAAGUUUGUAUAAAAUGUAGUUUUUCUUUAACUAGCCUAGACUAAUUAUAACUGAUGUGGCAACAUCUAUUAAAAAUCUGAGGAAAACAUCAUUAAAGACAAGUAGUUUUCUGAUGCAAUAUUUACAUUACGUCUGAUUACAUGAAUCUUCAUAAACAACAUAUUCUGUUUCCAACUGUAAGUACCCCUGACCCUUCAGGAUGAUGAUGUCAUCUAAAUCUGUACAGGUUAUACAAAUGAAACUGUCAUCUAAAUCUGUACAGAUUAUGCAAGUGGUGAUUUCAUCUAAUUUUGUACAGUUUAUACAAGUGGAAUUGUAAAGUACUUUCAAUGGGCAAUUUUGGGAAACUAACUUUUUCAUGCCAUUAUCACACUUUCAGCACAUGGCCUCUGGAUUGUUGACAAACUUGAUUCAGAAGAUUCUGCAGAACAUACAAAGAAAUCUGUACCAGACAGUUCCUUGGGAAAAUAAUUCUGAUCCAUUGGUUUAUCAUAGUCUGGAUUAUACUUGUCAUCUUUAGCAUUUCCUGUGACAAUAAAUUGUAUUUAUCACCAUGUUUUACAAUUUAUGUAGAGCUUUGGGAGAUCUUUGAAACUUAAAAGCUUAAAUAUUCAACAAAAAAGCUGAAUAUUAUGUGUUCUGUAACAAAGAAUACUUUCUCUGGUCCUUAGCCAAAUAUUUAGACUUAGCCAACCAUAGCCUAUACCACAGAUGUGUAUACUAUAGCAAUAAAAUGUAGAUCUGUAUAAUCUUGUUCUCUGCUACUAAAUACAAACAUGCUUAAAUGUAUAAUAAAUAAACUCCUUUAUAAGACAAAUGCAUAACAACCCAAAAGAAUUUUUGUCCUAAAAUUUGCUAGCUAUAAGAUUGGUAAAUACAGUUCUGUUCUGAUAAAGAAUGGAAAACAGUUUUCCUUCACCAUGAAUCCAUUAGUUAGAAAACAACUAAUGUACAAGCAAUGAAAACAGCUUUUUUCACCAAUAUCACACCAUAGAAAGUAAAUCCACAAGUCAGAAUGUUAAUAAUUUCAGAUUAUCAGUAAAACAGGCACUGCUUUUAUGUCUUCAUUUGUAAUGUCACUGUCACACCAUGGCAUAGAAUCUAACAUGAACCCCAAUGACAUGAAUCAUGUCCAUAAAGCCUCCAAUAUCGUUUUUUAUCUCAGAUAAUGAAGAAACUUGUUGUUCAUCGGCUAUAUUAUUCUGCUGUGCAAACUUUUCUUGAGCGUUGGAGAAAAAUGAGGUCACUAGUGUACCCUUUAUUAAAGGCUGUAAGAUCGAGACAAAUCUCUGGAACAGGAAGGGUCCAAGGAGGAGCUGGUAGUAGAGGGAGAGGCUAUACCUGUUGAAUAUCUACUCCGGCAGCUUGUUAAAAAAAGGUGUAACAUGGAGUGGUAAAGGCUUUUGCUCCUUGGUACGAAUGGCAUACAAGAAGCACCCUGAGGUCCAAAAACAGCACGGUAUGCAGGGUUUCCAGGGUGAGUCUUUAAACAUAAAGACAUAAGAUAGCAUGAGUUUCAGACGACCAAGAGAAAGUAGAGGCUCACCAGCUUCUGUGUACAAACUUUGUACAGAAGUGGUGCAGAAGGCACACAAACAGAUGCGGAGCCUAUGAUGGUGAAUAGAAUUUAGAAUUUUGAGGUAGGACUAUCAAGCAGAUCCAUAGUCUAGCUUGGAGCGGACCAGGGCACCAUACAGACAAAGCAGGACUGUGCAGGACUGCGCCCCCCAGCUAACAUGACCAACUACUCGGAGAAUAACCAUGCAAGACUUUCUGACAAGAAAAGAAUAUAAAUUUGACAUGAGCAAGUAAAAAUAAUUUACAGUCAAAGAUGACCCCAAGGAAUUUUACUUCCUGGACCACUUUGAGUACCAUGCCAUUAACAGAAAAAGAUGGGUUUGGGAACAUACCUCGCAGUUUACAAAAGUGGAUGCAUACUGACUUUGUAGGAGAAAUAUUGAAGCCAUUUUCUAUCAGCCACCUUUGUACAGUGUUUACGCACAGUUGCAGCCAGUGUUCGAGGUAUGGUAGGGAUCGCUCUCGAAUGCAGAGAGCAAAGUCAUUUACAUAUAACGAGGCCUCCAAACCUGGACAGACAGAUUUUAAGAUUGAAUCUAUUUUGAUAUUGAAUAUUGAAAAUAGAUGGUGAAAGAAAGCUGCCCUGAGGGAUGCCCAUUUCCUAUUCCUGAGGACAGGAUAGACCCUACUCGGACCUGAAAGAGGCGGUGCGAAAGAAAAUUCUUGAUGAAGAGUGGCAUACCUUGUUUCCAGGUAGUGUGUGUCGUACGCCUUCUCCAAAUCAAAAAACACCCCGACAAACACAUCCCUGACAAAUGUUUCAAAACAGACCAGAUAGUCCAGGGUACUGUGGGAUUUUCUGAAGCCACACUACAGGUUGGAGAGGAGACCUUGAGAUACAAAAUGCCAGAUGAGCCAGCCAUUCACCACGCAUUCUAAAGUUUUGUAUAAACAACUAGUGAGAGUGAUAGGAUGGUAAGAGUUGGGAUUAGAAGGAUCAUAACAAGAUUUUAGGACGGCCAU